UGUUUGGAGUCCGGAUCAAUAUAGCGCGGCCGAACUGCAUUCCCCAUGAGGCUGCGCGUAUUCUCAGCGCGUGAGAGAGUGGGUGAUCGCUGAGGGUCGCGGCAAAAAGGUUUGUCAUCUUUUCGUUUUUAACCCAAUGUUUCACCCCGCACGAGGCCACGUCGACGAGGGAACCGCUGAUCCUCGACCCACAGCCUCGGCACACUUUCAGUCCGAUAUGAGCGGCAGCGGGCGGCCCAGGACGACCUCGUUCGCUGAGCCUCAGGGGGCGUCCGGAGCCGCUGCAGCAUCCGCCGGAUCCGCCGCUGUCGUGGGGAGCAACACAGGAAAGCCCGGGGUCUCACAGGCCUCGGCGGACAGUUCAUCUGCUUGCGCAAAUUUAAAACUAUCUAGAGACAGUGGGAAGGUGACCACAGUGGUUGCCACACCAGGGCAGGGCCCGGAUCGCCCGCAGGAAGUGUCCUACACUGAUAUCAAGGUGAUCGGUAAUGGCUCCUUUGGCGUUGUGUAUCAGGCACGCCUCAUUGACACUCAGGAGUGGGUGGCCAUCAAGAAGGUACUUCAGGAUAAGCGAUUUAAGAAUCGAGAACUUCAGAUUAUGAGAAAACUGGACCACUGCAAUAUAGUGAGGCUGCGCUAUUUCUUCUAUUGCAGUGGAGAGAAGAAGGAUGAGGUUUACCUCAAUCUGGUGCUGGACUACGUGCCUGAGACCGUCUACAGGGUGGCACGACACUUCAGCAAAGCUAAAACCAUUAUUCCCAUCUUUUAUGUGAAGGUGUAUAUGUAUCAGCUUUUCCGCAGUUUGGCCUACAUCCAUUCCCAGGGCGUGUGUCACAGAGACAUCAAACCACAGAACCUUCUGGUGGACCCAGAAACAGCUGUUCUCAAGCUCUGUGACUUUGGCAGUGCCAAGCAGCUGGUGAGGGGUGAGCCCAACGUCUCUUAUAUCUGCUCACGAUACUAUCGCGCCCCUGAGCUCAUCUUUGGUGCCACAGACUACACCUCUAACAUUGACAUCUGGUCGGCCGGAUGUGUGCUGGCCGAACUGCUGCUGGGGCAGCCCAUCUUCCCUGGAGACAGUGGUGUGGACCAGCUAGUGGAGAUCAUAAAGGUACUUGGAACCCCCACAAGAGAACAGAUCCGUGAAAUGAACCCCAACUACACAGAGUUCAAAUUCCCACAGAUCAAAGCACAUCCAUGGACCAAGGUGUUUAAACCAAGAACUCCGCCUGAGGCAAUAGCCCUGUGCUCUCGGCUGUUAGAGUACACACCAGUGACACGACUGUCUCCGCUCCAGGCCUGUGCUCAUGCCUUCUUUGACGAGCUGCGCCAACCUGGCACGCGUCUGCCCAGCGGUCGGGAGCUGCCUCCGCUUUUCAACUUCACCACGACAGAGCUAAUGAUUCAGCCGCAGCUCAAUUCCACUCUCAUUCCACCUCAUGCCCGCGCACAAACCGUAGCUUCCUCCAACGAUGGCUCUGAAGGUUCAGUACAGCCCGGAUCUACUCUGACCAACAGCACCUGAGGCUGUCUCUAAAAAAACAAGCUUACACACCACAGCAUCUGAGCCACCACAGCGCACAUCUCUCCCUCUGACAAACACACACACACAGUCUUACACGCUCUUUACCUCAUACACGGCUUCUCCUCCCUAUAGCUCGAAUUCACACAUUUACCGAACUAAUUCAGGUGUCCGGCGUUGCAGAAUAACCAGUUACUGCACUGCGGGCUGGAAAACCCAAUGUUUGCUGACUGUUGAACAAACUUGCAGUCUACCGAGAAGCACUCUGGACACACACACACUCCGACACACUGCCAUGCACACGCAACAAUGACAAAAUGUUAUACUGCUAAUAUUUGCUUCAGAUAAUAGAGGUAGUCAAUCUCGAAAGCGCUCAGAAUGGCUGCGUACGCCCGUAGUAAAGCUCACACGCAUCCAUAACGCAAUACCACGUGUGUUUUGGAGGUCAAAUGCGAGUGGUUCAGUGGCUAGGGGCAGGUCCUCUGUCUAAUUUUUAUCUUAAUUUAUUUAAACCGACGUUAUCAGUGGAUGUUUUCCCUUGAUUUGUUUAGGAGUAACACUCUCAGUAUCCCUAUUAGAGGUAAAAUACAUUCACUGGGAACAAGGAGUCAUGGUAAAUGAUGUAUCUUGUUGUAAAUGUCAAGGAAAAGAGAUGAGACUAAAUGUGGUGGUUUUAUACAGUUAUUUUAUUGUCUUUUAAAAGAUGAGAAUAAUAUCUUGCUUUUACCUUCCAGUAAAUAUAUUUAUUAUUUUAAAAUGGUGACUUUCGAGAAAGCAUCUGCAGGUGUUUCCCUGUUAGCUGGGAAAAGGUUUAACACUCUUGUUGACCAUGAAGAAGGGAAAGAAGCAGGUAUGCAAGAUAAUAGCCUAUCAAUAUUGUUGUACUGAAGUGACUUUAUAUUCCUGGGCAUUUAAUUUUCAUUAACUGUUAAUGAUGCUCUGGGUCUAGGCUUAAUUUAUGCUUGUGAGAUUACAAUGUCUUCAUCCGUUCAGAGUCUUUUUUAAAUGACGUCAGGUUUGGAGACUAAACCAUGCGUCAUAAUUCAGUGUUUCAGUACGUUUCCUUUCCGUUUUAGCUUUUCGGUCUAUGCCAUUUUUACAGUAAAUUAAGCUACUCCUAAGGACUUUGUGGUAGAACAGUUUUAGAAUAUGUUAGUGAAUCUGCACACGAGUUGAAAAUCAUAAUGUCAAAUCGUCACAAACUGUCCAAAAUCUUUUUUUUUUUUUUUCCCUUGAACAUAUCUGUUAGACUCUCAAUAAACCCUCUAUUGAGGUCCUCGAAGGCCCUUCUUCCAACUUUCUCUGAUGCUCAUGCUCUUCUCCUGUUCUUUUUCAUUAGUCUUUUUAUGUUGUUUAGUGGGUGUGGCUUGACCAAGUUUGCCCCGCCCACCUGUAUGUAAAUAUACCUCGGUUUUUAAGCCCUGUGUAAGAUGUAAAUACCGACACUGUACCACUUUUGUGUUUUCGUUCAUGUCUUUCUCUCCCUUCAUCUCUCUUGGGCUGUCUUCUCUUAGCUCGGAAGAGCUCGACCUCCGUUUUGUUUGUCAUUUACAGUAUUUAUUGUUUUGCACUGUAAGGUUGGGGCUGAAAGUUUCACUUAUUUUGUGUGAAAUAGCAACCCUCGUCAGCGUACUGUAUGUCAGUUCAUAAGCUCAGCGUGAUUCGCAAGGAAAAGGGAGGUGCGUGUCCAACAGGGUCACGCUUUGUUCUCAACUUGGCAAUUUGAGCACAUUUUUGCAAAGGUGCACUGGAAGCCAUGCUCAUACGGUCUGUUUUUCAUGAAAAGGACUGUCUCUGAAGUGAAUUGGCUUCUUUGUGGCAAUUUUGCCUCGAAGACAGUGGAAUGUGUUUACUACUCUAUAAUCUGACAUCUGUGAAUCAAGCCCACAGCAUCAUGUGUGUGUACUCUAAGAAAAUGUGAAUAUUUUUUAAAAUAUAUAUACAUAUAUAUAUUUAAAUGUGCAUUUGGCUUUGAAGUUUAUUUUCCUCCCCUUUAAGGUUAGCCUGUGAAGUCUCUUCUUCUUUGCUCUUAUAAUCCUGCCCUCCCCUAGUCUCUGCCUUAAAACUACCAUACAAACGUUUGUCUGUUAUUACCUCUUUUUUUUUUUGUUAAUUGUUGGAACUUUCUGCCUCAGCAUUCUGGCCCAGGGGAAUUGUGUCCUGAGACAAAGAGAGAGACGAAUGGAGAGAGCUUGUCAGAAUAAAUUGAACUCAUUUAAUAAAGUGACGAAACUGA